CGAUCUGACCCCGGGAAGACCGUCCAGGCCAUGGAAGUGAGGGAUCUGCAGCGGGUCAGCUGGGAGAGGAGAAGAGCCGGGGUGUGGACGCAUUUCUCCUUUGACGUCGUGAAAAACAAGACGAUGUGCAAACCGCGCGGGGCGACUAUCUCGGGAAAAACGCGACAAACCUUAAACGACAUCCGCGAGCAAGUCGCCCAGAUCUCCGUGCAAAGCGGAGCGUUUUAAUGUCCAGCAGGGCGAAGUUUGUGUUUGGAGACAAUCGCCACCCCAGCUCGAGCGCUGCUAACUGCCCUGCACACGUCAGAGCGGGUCCUGCUGUAAAACGCUCGGUUUAACCCCCUAAACUGGUGCUAAUGGUCAGAUUAGCUGGGUCAGGUGUGUGGGAAGCAGGUGAAGCGCUAUAAUGUGCAGGGCAAUGUGUCCGGACCGGAGUCGGGAAGCUGGACAUCCGUGUUUGAUUAUCAUGUCCCAAACGGCUCCGCACACCCGAAACAGACCAGCUGGUUUUAUUUACAGUGAAUUAGUGCACGUGAUGUCCAAUAGAGCGAUGUCCAGUGGAGCGAUGUCCAGUAGAGCGAUGUCCAGUAGAGCGAUGACCAGUAGAGCGAUGUCCAGUGGAGCGAUGUCCAGUGGAGCGAUGUCCAGUAGAGCGAUGACCAGUAGAGCGAUGACCAGUAGAGCGAUGUCCAGUAGAGCGAUGACCAGUAGAGCGAUGUCCAGUAGAGCGAUGUCCAGUAGAGCGAUGUCCAAUAGAGCGAUGCCCAGUAGAGUGAUGUCCAGUGGAGCGAUGUCCAAUAGAGCGAUGCCCAGUAGAGUGAUGUCCAGUGGAGCGAUGUCCAGUAGAGCGAUGUCCAGUCCAGUAGAGCGAUGUCCAGUGGAGCGAUGUCCAGUGGAGUGAUGUCCAGUAGAGCGAUGCCCAGUGGAGCGAUGUCCAGUGGAGCGAUGUCCAGUGGAGCGAUGUCCAGUGCCUCUAGUAAACACCGGGACCUCGAGAUGUCUGUUCCGGAAGACCUCAGAUGACAACAGUGGGCCACAGAAUGCAAAGAAAGUGACGGCAUCCCAGCAGAAUAUUCCAGCAGCUCUUCUAAGGGCUUCAAAGUACCAAAGUGACUAAAGAACGGCAGCCGAAAGAGGAGGCUGUAGCCAAAUGGCUUGGGUGUCCUGGAUUACCAGCUACUACAGUUGAAGACGAGGACCUUGUUCUUAUGAUGGAAACAGUAGAUAGGGAAGCUGACCGUUCCAGAGAAAACUAAACUGCGCAAUCUGACAGACGAAUAUUAUGAAGGUGAAGUGCAAACAUUUAGAAAAAGAUAGGCUGCAGUGCAGAAGGUCUCUGCUGGCAUUGGCCUGUGGACAAAAACAGGGCUCACUGCGUCAGUCCUGGCUAUAAGUUCACGCUACUUUUGUGUUGAACAAAGUAAACCAGAACACACAUCGUCGGCCCUUGAACAAGUAGCCCACCCACACACCCACAGAUACAUGUCUGCGAGAACCGGCCGCACCGAAUGAAAGAUGGUCACAGUGAUGACCGACAGUGGGAGCAACAUGGUGGCAGCAUUUAAACACAGCACACCAGAGGGAGAAGAAACCACCUCUGAGGAUUCAGAAGACCCCGAAACAGAUGAUGACUUGCGGUCGACAUGGAUAUGGAACGGACACCGUGUGUCGCGCACACCUUACAGCUCGUCAUCCACAUGAUGCAGAAGGAACCAAGUGUCGAGAGUCCUUGAUAAAGCAGGUCAGUGGUAAAGCUCUUUCGCUACUGGACGAAUGUGGCCUUAUUGUUGUAACUGACUGCCCCACACGCUGGUCAAGCACGUUCAACAUGAUUUCACGACUCCUCAAAGUGAAAGACUCGGUCUGCCAAAUUGCAAACAUGGGAUGGGACAGCUUGCUGUCUAGUGAGUGGCAAAAGCUGAAGUCACUGCAUGAACUACUGCUGCCUUUUGCAGAACAUACUCAAGCCCUUCAGAGUGACACCAUGUCCCUGGUGGUCCCUGCGCUCUUUGAUCUGCUCAACCGUCUUUCUGACUUUGAAGAGAGCGCUAGCCAUCGAGACCUUGCCACUCUUGCAAGGAAAAUGAAAGGAAGUGUGAGCCAGCGUUUUGCUUGGAUAUUGGAUCCAGCUGAUGAAACGUUCUCACCACUUGUAGCAGCUGCCUGCUUCGUCAACCCUACUGUGUGUGAAACUCUUGUUGAUGUGGCUGAUGAAAAUAUACAGGAACUACUGAAACAGGCAGAGGAGAACGUGAUCCAGUUCACACAGUCACAUUCAGAACAUGAGGAUCAGUCCAGAGAUGAUGGAGAGGAGAACAGGAGGCUACCAGAGGAAGCAGAAGCAGCACCAUCCACAUCAAAGCAGCCCGUCUUCAGGUUUCUUUCAAAAUGCUUUUGCAGAGAGGCUAUUCAGUGUUUUGGUGACCUCACCAGAGGCCGGCGCAAUAGAGCAAGGGUAACAUUAGCACAAAGUGCUUUCCUUAAAAUUACUAGAACCAAAUAAGCCUUUUGUACUCUGGGGCCACAUUGAAAGGCCUUGGAUAGCAAAAAUAGGCAACUACCUGCAAGACACUGUGAUGUUUACUGCCACCGCUGAGAGCAGCUUUUAGCUCCAUGUACUAAUGGAGCUGUAGGUAUGCUGAAAUACAGUGGAUGCACCUUUUGGUACUUACAGCCUUUGAGACUUUUGUUUAGUUUUUUUUGAGAAAUGUUUUUCCUUAAUAUUUUGUUCGUCAAUGAUGGGAUUGUAGGUCUUUUUAUUAUGUGUUCAAGAAUUUUAGCUGCAAUAUUUAACUGUCAACACUGAAUUACGGCAUUUUUUGUUGUAUUAAAUUCAGGGAGAGCAGCCCUGAAGGCAUUAUAGCUUGAGCACUUUGUUCUUUGAAUGUUUUUGAGAAUUUCAGCUGUGAAUACUAAAUUAUUAAUACUGUCAGCUCUGACGCUGUCAGUCUGCCUGCCUUGGACUCUGUUACCUCCAUGGACUCCAAUUCCCAGCAUGCUCUACCUAUGGACUACAGUGACUCUGCUGAGCAUGUGACACUCCGGCGCUCCGGCUCGCCUUGUUUCUAAUCAGUGAGAUUGUCUACACCUGUGAACCUGUGUAUUUAAGCCCUGUUGUUUCCUGUGUUUGGUGCUGAGUAUUAUCCAGCCUCUAGCUCUGUUACGAUGCGUUUUCCUUGUUCUUUUCCUUUGUUAUUUCUGACCUUCGCCUGUACUUCGUUUUCUCCUUUUUUGCCUUGCCCAUUGAUUGCCUUUCUGUUGCCGUUUUGUUUGUACUUGUCUCUACCCUUUAGCCUCGCCCCUUUACCUGGUUUUUGCUCUCCCGUGUACCGACCUUUCUUCAGUCUGACUCCCCUCUGGUUGUUGUUGUUGUUGUUGUUGUUGUUGUUGUUGUUGUUGUUCCUGCCGGUCCCUUAUGAUUAUCUUGUAUUGCCCUAUUAAAUUAAACCUUGUAAUAUCCAUCAGCGAGUGUCUCUCCUGUUACGGGCAGUCGUGACAAAUACAUUAGUUGUUUGGUGUUUAUUUUUGCACUAAUGGCGCUGCUGCUGCUUUUACGGCACCCAGUUUUAUAAAGAAUGUAAUAUGCAUUGUUCAUAACAAACUGCAUAUAUUUUUCAGGCAAAGCAGGCCUACUCGCCAUCAGUAUAUUGUUAUUGUUAUGCUCAAUAAGCAAGGUCAGGUAAAUAAAGAUGUUGGUUGAA